AUGUCAACUGGCAGAGUACGAACGAAAAAAAAGGCAUGUUCUUCAGACCAGUCUCCAGACAACCUUCCUCUGAGGAGUUCUGGAAGACAGGUGAAGAAGAAAGUGGCUGAAGCAGCAGAUGAUGAUGAUGAAGCAUCAGAGAAGAAAUACAGAAAAUGUGAAAAAGCUGGAUGCACUGCAACAUGUCCCGUUUGCUUUGCCAGUGCAGCUGAAAGAUGUGCUAAAAAUGGGUAUACAUCUAGAUGGUAUCAUCUUUCCUGUGGGGAACACUUCUGCAAUGAAUGUUUUGACCACUAUUACCGAAGCCAUAAAGAUGGUUAUGAGAAAUACACUGCCUGGAAAAGGAUUUGGACAAGUAAUGGUAAAAGUGAGCCCAGUCCAAAAGCCUUCAUGGCUGAUCAACAGCUCCCUUACUGGGUGCAGUGCACAAAGCCAGACUGUGGUAAAUGGCGGCAGCUGACAAAGGAAAUCCAGCUGACACCUCAAAUAGCAAAAACCUACAGAUGUGGUAUGAAACUGAACAAUUCCACCAAGACUGAGGGCUCAGACCAGUGUUCCAUGCCUGAGGACUUGAGAGUGGCUGAAGUUUCAGACCAUUGGUGGUACUCCAUGCUCAUACUCCCUCCUUUGCUGAAAGACAGUGUGGCAGCUCCCUUUCUAGCUGCAUAUUAUCCCGACUGCGUGGGCAUGAGUCCAUCCUGUACCAGCACUAAUCGGUUACCUGGUGAAUCCAACCUUGUGAAGUUAGAGCACUUAAAGAACGUGCCUAAUUUGACUGUUGCAGGCAUGAACAAGUAUUUCCAGCCUUUUUACCAGCCCAAUGAAUGUGGGAAAGCACUUUGUGUGAGGCCAGAUGUCAUGGAACUGGAUGAGCUCUAUGAGUUCCCAGAAUAUUCACGAGACCCUACCAUGUACUUGGCUUUGAGAAACCUGAUUUUGGCUCUGUGGUACACAAACUGCAAGGAAGCUCUUACCCCUCAAAAAUGUAUCCAUCAUAUCAUUGUUCGGGGGCUUGUGCGUAUUCGUUGUGUACAGGAAAUGGAGAGGAUACUUUAUUUUAUGACAAGGAAAGGACUAAUUAAUACAGGGAUUUUAUCAGUCAGUCCUGACCAGUAUCUUCUUCCUAAGGAAUAUCACAAUAAAUCUGUGUUUAUUGUUGGGGCUGGUGCAGCAGGAUUAGCAGCAGCCCGACAACUGCACAACUUUGGAAUUAAGGUCAUUGUCUUAGAAGCUAAAGACAGAAUUGGUGGCCGAGUGUGGGAUGAUAAGACCUUCAAAGGAGUCACUGUUGGAAGAGGUGCACAAAUCGUCAAUGGAUGUGUCAACAACCCAAUGGCACUAAUGUGUGAGCAACUUGGCAUUAAAAUGCACAAACUAGGGGAGAAAUGUGACUUGAUCCAGGAAGGUGGAAGGAUAACAGAUCCCACUAUUGAUAAACGUAUGGACUUCCAUUUCAAUGCCAUCCUAGAUGUCGUCUCUGAGUGGAGAAAAGAUAAAACCCAACAUCAAGAUGUUCCUCUUGGUGAAAAAAUACAAGAGAUCUAUAAAGCUUUUAUUCAGGAGUCUGGUAUCCAGUUCAGUGAGCUGGAAGAAAAAGUACUGCAGUUCCAUCUCAGUAAUUUGGAGUACGCCUGUGGCAGCAAUCUCUCUCAGGUAUCUGCACGCUCGUGGGACCACAAUGAAUUUUUUGCCCAGUUUGCUGGAGAUCACACUCUACUAACUGUGGGAUAUUCUACUGUGAUUGAUAAAUUGGCAGAAGGCCUGGACAUCCGGCUGAAUUUCCCAGUACAGAGCAUUGACUAUUCUGGUGAAGAAGUACAGGUCACUACUGCAGACGGAACAGUGUGGACAACACAAAAGGUAUUAGUGACUGUACCACUGUCUCUUCUUCAGAAAAAUGCCAUUCAGUUUAAUCCCCCACUGUCAGAAAAAAAAAUUAAAGCCAUUAAUAGUUUGGGAGCAGGAGUCAUUGAGAAGAUUGCCUUGCAGUUUCCUUAUAGAUUUUGGGAUAGUAAAAUUCAAGGAGCUGAUUUUUUUGGCCAUGUUCCACCUAAUUCCAGCCAACGUGGACUCUUCAGUGUUUUCUAUGACAUGGAUCCAGAGGGCAAACAGAGCAUUUUAAUGUCAGUGGUCACUGGAGAUGCUGUGACAACCAUUAAAAAUUUAGAUGACAAACAAGUACUGCAGCAGUGUAUGACUGUACUCCGAGAGCUGUUCAAGGAGCAGGAGGUUCCUGACCCAGUGAAGUUUUUUGUUACUCGAUGGAGCAAAGACCCCUGGCUCCAGAUGGCCUAUAGUUUUGUAAAAACAGGUGGCAGUGGUGAAGCUUAUGACAUUAUAGCUGAAGACAUACAAGGAAAAAUUUUUUUUGCUGGUGAGGCCACAAACAGGCACUUUCCUCAGACCGUUACAGGAGCUUACUUGAGUGGGGUUCGAGAAGCAAGCAAAAUAGCAGCAUUUUAA